AUGACUUUCGAUAGCGUCAAAUCCAACACGAACGGUGCCCACUCACCACUUGACCAGCUCAAGCAUGUUUCUUCCACCCGUCUGACACCCAACCUCAGUGUCCACACCUUUGCUGUCCAAGCCAAUCACUACUUCGAUCGGAGCUUCCGUCCUGGUCAACACCUGACGCUUCAAUUCCCUCCAGAUCUUGAUCCUGUGUCUGGGCCUCAGAACCUAUCAGAAGAGGACAGGCGUCUUUCAUUCACCCCAUACCAUGUCGGAUAUGCAGAUGAUGGAUUGAUCGAGACCAUCUCGCUUAUGGCUCGUAAUGGACGUGUCACGGGUCUGCUUGGGCUACCGCGUCCACAUUCUCCCUUGGUAGCGAACAUUGUUCAAACUGGUGGUGGAUACCCAUCUGCUGUACUUGAUAGUGCCCAGACGCUGAUCUGUAUUGCUGGAGGCACUGGGAUCGCCCCGUUUAUUGCGAUGGCGUCGGAAAAGAACCACAGAAGUAGCCCCGAGGCUGGAGACAGGAAGCCAGUCCUGAUGUGUAGCAUUCGGGAGAUUGGAGCAUGGUCCGAAUCUUUGUCACAAGCGGGGAAGAGGGUGAGGGGAUGGUUGAUGGUAAAUCGUCGCAAUGGUGGCACGAACGAUUGA